GCGUGUGCGAGCGAGUAAGAGAAAACCAAAGAAGCUACCUAUGUUAAGGACGUUGGUACACGCGCCCACUCUGUGCUGUCUCUCCGGUCCUUCUCCCUCCAAUUCCACUUCCUCCGACCUUUCACGCCCUUCCAUGGCCACUUCUGCUCGAAUCGCAGUCAUCGGAGACAUCUUGAGCUCUCUCUCAUUUCUUUUUAUGUAAAUUCGGAAACCCUAGCUCCGUGAGAAAUAACAGUUUCUUUUUUUGGAAUGAAAAUUUGGGGUUUUUGAAGCACAAUGAUUGGAAUCUACAAGAAGAUACAAAGGCACUUCAAUUUCUUCAGCCAGAUCUGGUGCUGUUUACAGGCAGGUGAUUUUGGUGAGGAGAAUGUUGAACUUGUCCAAAGUGCUGCCAGUCUUGAAUUUGCCAAAGCAGCUAUUUUGGGAAAUCAUGAUGCCUGGUAUACUCAACAGUUUUCUGGAAAGAGGAAGGAUGGAGUUCAACUUCAGCUUGAGUGUCUUGGUGAGGAGCAUGUAGCUUAUCAACAUUUAGACUUUCCCUUGAUUAAAGUAAGCAUUGUUGGUGGACGGCCAUUUUCCUGUGGAGGGGAGCAAUUGUUUCGAAAAAAGCUUCUAUCUGCAAGAUGUGGUGUCCAAGACAUGGAUGGAAGUGCUAGGAGGAUCUAUAAUGCUGCUUUGGGCACACCGGAGGAUCAUUUUGUCAUAUUGCUUGCACAUAAUGGACCCACAGGGCUUGGUUCUAAUUUGAAUGAUAUUUGUGGAAAGGAUUGGGUUUUCGGGGGUGGUGAUCAUGGUGAUCCAGAUCUAGAACAGGCAAUAUCCCUCCUAAAAGAGACUGGCAAAUCAUGCGUCCUCCCACUGGUCAUGUUUGGUCACAUGCAUAAGGAGCUGGCAUAUAGAAAGGGUCUCCGGAAAAUGAUUGUGGUUGGGGAUGACAACACUAUAUACCUGAAUGGGGCUAUUGUUCCUAGGGUUAAAAGACUGAAUAAUGAACAAGGAACUGGAAACAGAAGCUUCAUGAAUGAUGAAACUCCUGUAUUGACACCGGAGUCUGAAGGUACAAUGCGAGCCUUCACAUUAGUGGAGAUCUUAGAUGGAAGAGUGGAAAAGAUUGCAGAGAGUUGGGUUUCAGUUGUUGGAGAUAACACCACAUUAGCAGAAGAGCAACUGUUAUUUAAAAGGAGCAGUUAGCUUUCUUCAUGAUCGGGAUAUUCAGAUUCCAGUUUCGAUCACUUAUAUAUUAAAGUACUAAGAACAAUAUACAUUGUCCAAUGUAGUCUUUAGGAAAGGCCAAAACUAUACCAUCCUUGUGAUGUCUUAUACUUAUUGCAUCUCUCUUUGGUUGUUGAAUAAAUUACUUGCGAAGAGAAGAAAAUAUGGCCCAGAGAUACAAGUUGAACGGAUUUCAGGAGAUGAAUAUACACAAUGAGAUCUGGGAGAAUAUUUGUGGCUGUAUGAUAAUUGGGCGGCUUUAGUAGUGGUUUGCCACACAUUCACAAAUGUAUUGUUAUAUAAUGAUUUAUAUAAUGAGGAUUGAAAAGCUUGGAAAUUGUAUGGUGGUGAUGGUAUACGGAUUUGAGGUCCACAAAAUCAAAGGUUAUAUCGCUAAGUAAGGCUAUUAGCUGAUGCUGUGUCGGUGUGGUCUAGAAAUAUGGUUUCAUCACUUACGGAAGUGGUAGCCUACAACUCGGUUUUGGUCUAAAAUGUCAGCUAUUCAAAUUAUCCAAAGGAAAGAAGAUGGAUCAAGAGUUUGACCACAUGGUAUUGUUGGUUGCAAAUAGGUCUUCAAGACUAUGAGCCCAUAACAUUGAAGGCAUGAUUAUUUGCAAUAUAGUCAGAAAGAAUGUACAAAAUGUAGAAAAGUGUUCUCUCCUAUUACGAAAACAUGGCUCCAUUAAUUCGUGUACGUGUUGAUUGCUAUGUUUUUUUGUUUGACUUAUAGCUAGAACUUGAUCUUAAUUAACACAAUUUUUGUGGUUCAAGGAAAAAAAAGACCAUGUUUGUUUAUUAAAGAAAUCUUGAAAUGGAUUAAUUGAAGUAAAGGCCAUGGUGGCUAGUGACGUAGGUUGCAUUU